UACGAUUCAGUCAAUCAUUGGACUUUGCUGUGAUGCGUAGACGCUGUGUAUACAUAAUGUUGACUGCUUGCGGUGUGUUGAGUGCGGUCCUGGUCAGUUUGCUAGUGAUCACGCUCAGUACAUCUCAGGCAGAUGCUGCAACUCCAAGAGACACAGUUCUCCUUGCUUUGGCCAACAAUCAGGGUGAAGUGCUAGGCAACUAUGAUGAGACAACAUGGACAGGUCAGAGGUUCAUGCAAUUUCGUGGUAUUCCCUAUGCAGAGCCACCAAUUGGCUCAUUACGCUUUCAACCACCGGUUGCUCGGAAGGCCUGGUUCCCCAAAAUACUUGACGGUUCGACCUUUGGACAGCGAUGUCCAGUGAUAACGCAUAUUGAUGGCCAGUUAUCUGAUGCUCAGCUGGAAGAUUGCCUUAAUCUCUGCGUCUACACAAAGAAUCUCACAGCUCGUCAGCCGGUGAUGUUUUAUAUCUAUGGCGGUGGCUUUUACAACGGCUCCGCGGAGGAUCAUCCUCCACACUAUUUGCUCGAGCAAGAUAUUGUCCUGGUAGUGCCACAUUAUAGAGUUGGCGCUUUAGGUUGGCUAACAACCCGAUCGAAAGAGCUGCCAGGCAAUGCUCCGAUUGCUGACAUUCUUUUGGCCCUGGAUUGGGUACAGCAACAUAUACAUUUGUUCGGCGGCAAUGCCGAUCAGGUGACCAUUGUUGGUCAAAGUGCUGGGGCUUGUGUAUCUAGUGCUCUGCUCUUGAGUCCUUAUCGCUCCGAUGAGAAUCUCUUUCAUCGUGCCAUUGUUCAAUCGGGGUCGAUAUUCGCUGCUUGGGCCACUAACCCUAAUCCAUUGGCACAGGCCCAAAGAAUUUGCGUGGCCCUGGGCUGCUCUGAUACCUGUGACUCCGAGUGCUUGCAAGCGGCAAGAGUUGUCGAUAUUCUACAGGUAACGCAAUUGGAACGCUUUUCACCAAUCACUGGAGAUUUGAUGGGCUUAUUGCCAAAGGAAGCCAAUGAGUUGAUCAAGACCUAUAAGCGAAAGGUUCCCCUGCUGACAGGUUUCACCGAGCACGAUGGAUCGUUUGUAUUAGCAACCUAUUAUGAUGUAUUAUGUGCCCAGAUGGCAAAUAUAAGUUCAAUGAGUGUACGCCAGUUCUCGCAAGGAUUAAUUAAUAUGAUGAAUGAUACAACUGGUCUAACAGAUAAUUUACUCUACCGAUUACUCUAUACGCCAGAAUUAUUACACAGCUACGAGCAUAAGACGGCACUGCCAAGUUAUUUCGAUCUGACAACCAUAACAUAUAUGAAGUCUCCAGUCAUCAGCUUGGCCACCAAACUUUAUGCUCGACAAACCGAUGACACGCCCAUUUAUGUCUAUAGUUUUGAAUAUGAAGGUAAUCAUACGCGUUUCGGCUACGAACUUGACAACUCGUAUUAUCCUUUUAAUGGCGGUGUUCAUCAUUCUAAUGACAAUAUCUACAUCUUUGCCACCCAUCAUUUGGAAGAGGGCAGUACAGAUGUUCAGAUAGCCCGUCAAAUGAUUGAAAUAUGGACAUCGUUUGUCAUCAAUGGAGAGACCAAGCAUUUGAGCUCUUUGAGUAGUGCCGAAGGACCAUACAACCGCAUUGACUUGCAAGUGGAAAGCGCCAACGAUUUGCUGCAGACGCUCACUGCCACAAUUGAUGAUCCGAACAAUGGACGGCUCCAAAGAGACGAUGUGGAGUUCUAAAGCUUAAGCUUAUUAUAAAUCAAAUCUAUACUUAACACCACAUGCGUAUCCACAGUAAAAUAAUUAAUUGCUCAAUCACUA